AUGUCUAAUUAUCCUGUCCGGUCUUGUGAAUGGAAGAGGCAACUUGCCCGCAAUGGGUUCGCUACGAUUUGGAUGGCCAACCUUUGUGCGCUCGCCAGCAUCAUCCCAGCCAUUCCAACAUCUGUAUAUCCAGAUCCAGAAACCGACCAUGUGUCCUGGGCAUCUUUUGUGAGCACAAUGAAACCCCUAACCCAGAAGUUUCCAGGAUCACCUAGAUGUUUGGUUUUACAUGGAAUGUUACUUGAAUCGAAGGGAGAAAUCGAAUUAGCCAAAGAGUUUUAUGAACUUGAAUUAAAUAAACCGAUUGAUACUAAAUCUACUUCGAAAGGUGACACAGGUGAAACUAAUCUUCGAAUAAGAAAACGAUUAAUCGCAUUACAUUUACAUAAUUCACCUUUACCAGAUUUAGUCAAUCAAACUAAUCAAAAAUCAACGAUAGACAAAACUGAAGAAUGCAUAUUUUCAUUAGGAGAAGCGAUUAGUCUUUUAGUACAACACCUUGAUACCGUUUAUUCAGAUCCUGAAAGUUGGAUUCAGUUAGCUGAGACUUAUUGUACUUUAGGACUUUAUGAUCAAGCUCUAAGUGCAUUAGAAGAUUUGAUUAUUCUUCAACCUGAUAAUACAUUUCAUCUCCUUCGAUAUGCCCAAACAGCUUAUACAGCCAGACAUUUUGAAUUGGCUUAUCAAACUUAUUUAAGAGUGGUUGAAUUGGGUGAAAGGAUUUCAGAUGCAUGGAGAGGUGGACCAGUAAGAAGAGCAGCAAUUGGACUGAAACUAUGUAUCAAUAAAUUAGAAAAAGAUUUAAAGAAAGAUCAAUUAUCCAGUUUGAUUGAUCAAGAAUUAAUCAAAUGUUAUUCUAAAGAUUGGGUUCCAUUACAGAUUGGAUUAAGAGUUGCAUCUGAACCUACUCGAAAAGCUUUAAAAUCAUGGAUUGAUCGGUUUUGA